GUUGCCAAGUCACAUAAUCUACUAGAUCCACCCAUUGACGAUACCCAUAUCAGCAUCCCCCGGUCCAAAACCAUGCUAAUCCCGCAUUCCAGACAUGUCGAAGCCAAGGUUCUACCCUGGAAGACUGUAUUGGUUUAGUAACAUCAUUUUGAGUGCAUCCACUGGAGCAACCCCCACAUCUUCAACUGCUAGCUCUCCGCAUACCAGUGCGUUGACAUCGCCCCGAGAUUCGUUGGAACGUCUCAAUGAUGCCACUCUGACGGAUCAUGUCUAUUUGUGCCCUUCAAGUCCAAAAGGCACUAGACAUUCUCUUUUCAUCAUCGUUACAAGUCGGUCAGAUCGGUUAAUUCUUGAAGACGCACGACAUCUCUAUAUGCCCAUUCAUCCAGCCACAGAACCUGAAGAGAUCUAUCCCUACCCUGUCACCACAAUCAAUCCCAUGUCGUCGGAUCCCAACAAGAAGUUAUGGCUUUAUCUCGGACGGAUAAUGACCUUUCAUGAAGGGCAUCUCGAUUUAGAUUACACAUUGCUGCGGAACGGCGUUACCAGAGAUACCCUUGAGCGUAUCAAUGCUGCCGUAUUUACAGUACACGGGCUGGCGAAAGCUCGGUAUCAUUUCGUCAAUGCUCCAUCUGAUGCGGAUAGAGAUGAUGAUCGUAUGCAGAGUCAAGAACCCAAGAAUGAGGAUACACCACGAAAACCAAACAAUGAGAAUGCGCCUGGAAAACGGAAGAGUAGCCGAAGUCAAAGACGAGGGCAAGGAGAUCGUCGAAGUUCCAGUGAACAUAGAGAGGUAAACGAAUUUGGAGCGUUUCCGGCUGACUGGGACAUUGAUUUUCCUCUCUCAAAUGAUGAUGAGGGUGUGCCGAUGUCUGCUAUCCCAGCGGAAGUAUAUGAAGUGGAUGUAGAUGUAGAUGAUAACUUGUGUUUCUGACUCCUAUUAGUCUCUAUUUGAAUCACCUAUUUUUCACUUGUUUGCCCAA